UACCAAAGUAAUAAUAUCAUGGGUAUUAUUGAGUAUCAUGCUUUUUGUAAUCUCAAAUUCGUUGGAGACUGAAGAUCAAUUUGAAAAUACAGAUCGGCAUGCUGACUCUCAAGAAAAACGUGAAAUUAUCGAAAUAAAAAUUCCACGAAGACAGAAACGAUCUGCUGAUUCUUCAAUUAGUUUUCCGCUUAAAGCGUUUGGUCGAGAUAUAAAUUUAAAUCUACAACAAACGAACGGCAUUCUCUUCAGCUCCAAAACCCCAGUUUACUUUCUAAGAACUGGGCAAUCACAAACGUUAAUGGAAACAAAAUACAAUAUGUUCAGUUCAAACUUACUAUCAAAGCUUUAUGUCGACGAAGAAAAACAAGCGGCAUUUACUCUAACGACUGAUCCCACAGACGGAUCAACAAAAAUUAAAUACGGAUUUAUCGGCUCAGAAAAUCUAAUAAUUGACCAAUUAAACCCCAAUGCAUCGAUAGACAGAGAGUCAGAUAUUACUUACAAUCAAGAUCAUUAUGUGGCUACUUCCAUCGCUAAUAUAAUAUCUCAUGCAGUAGCGGACUUUAUUGGAGUUGGUGUAAAUCGUCGAAACCCAGCUAAAUCAACUACAAGCAUUCCCGAGACAAUCUAUCCUGAGAUAUUGAUAAUGGUCGAUUAUGACCUUUACAGAAAAUUUAAUGACCAUGAAAUAAUUCCAUUUUUGAUACAAUUUUGGAAUGGAGUUGAUUUGUAUUAUCAUCAAUUACAAAAUCCACGGUACAAAUUGUGUGUCGCAGGAGUAGCAAUAGCUCAGGAUCAACAUGUCUGGAAAAUGUUAUCUCCAUCAUCCUCGUGGGGGGGACAGAGUUUACUUCAUUUUAAUUCAGUCAUAUCUCAAAUGGGUCCUUGGUUACGAAAUGCUGGAAAUGCAAUCCCCAUUAAUAGCUACGACACUCAUAUUAUUAUGACACCUUAUCGUGAUGGCGUUGAGGUCCCAUCUGGAACGGUUGGAAUGGCAUAUAUAUCCAGUGCAUGUUCUAAUGUGAAUGGAUUCGAUCUACAAGGAGGAGCUGUUUACGAAACCGGUAAUUUACGCCAGAUUCUUACUGCUGUUCAUGAGUUAGGUCACAUGUAA